UCUAAAGUCCUAAAGCUGAGCAUUCUUUUUCUUAUUUCUUUAUCAUUCACUUAUAAAAGUCAGAGAGAAAAAGACCAGAGAGAUGGAUCGAAUAAAACCUGAGUUAAUGAAGAAACUGACGAAGUUUAUAGUAAUUUCGAUAUGGGUUUCAUCUCUUUUAAUCACUCACAAUUUCUAUUUAUGUAAACUCACUAUUCAACUCGUAACACACGCGGUAGAUAAGAUGUACAUGUUUCUCGUCUGCAAUGGUCUCUUAGUGUUUGUCGCUAAGUACUCUGGUUUAAUAUCUUCAUCAAAACCUGUAGAGGAAAGCUGGAGCAGCACCGAUCAAACCUUUGAUCACAGAGACUUUGAUAGUUACGAUGCGACGUUGGAGCUAGAGUACUACUCUGAUGAUCAUGAUAGAGAAACAAAGACUUUUCUUGCAGAGGAAGUUAGUACACAAGACCAAGAAACCGAAGAAGAGAAAGAAGAUGAAGAUGAAGAAUCUGAUGAGCCAUUACCGAAUAAUGGUGAUCUAGAGGAGGAGUGUGAUAUUCGUGCCGAAUCUAGAGAAGAGGAAGAUAAUGUGGGGAUGGUGACGGAGGAAGAUAUUAACAAGAAGUUUGAUGAGUUCAUUAGAAAGAUGAAGGAAGAGCUUAGACUCGAAGCUAAACAGCAUCUAAUCCUUGUUUGAUUUCUUAUUAAUUAGCUAUAUAUGUUUAAGCUUAAUUAAACAUGCGCAAUAAGUUCUUAGAGAGCGAAGUUUUUUCUAGCCUCUUCUUCACGUCACUUGUACUUUUUAGCAUCUAUUUUAAUGGAAUCUUGUUUUAUAUACA